CUGAACUGCGUGUGCAUUGUAAAUCUGAAAGGACCAGCAGAUCAGAGACUUCCCCUUCUGGUCCUGGCUCCCAGUGUUCAAGCUGGCUCCAUGUUGUUCUAGUCCUGGGGCUUAUCGCACUGGUUUUCAUGGCUGUUCUAAUCACUAUUUUCUGGAGGGGAAAUGGUCAGAGUCCGUCCAAGCUCAGGACAACCUGCACUGAAAACACUACAUCUUCAGGGGAAUCUCCAUGCACAGGGAGAUGCUCGAUGACAAUCAGUGGAUUAAUAGACUAUCUGUGUGAAGAUAGAGAGGGAAGAACCGAGUGUCUGCUCUGCCCCCCAGGGUGGAUGCUGCACAGGGGGAGCUGUUACUAUUUCUCAGAGCAGUCGGGGACCUGGGAUGCCAGUAUGCGAAAUUGUUCAGGCAGGAAAUCCCAGCUGCUUGUUGUUGAAGAUGAGGCUGAGAUGGAAUUUAUAGCAACCAGAGCAGAAACAAAAUAUUUCUGGAUUGGAUUAAACUUUCAAGAGAAAGCGGGAAGAUGGAUGUGGCUGGGUGACUCCCAGUUAGAAGGGCACAGGCUGAGCUUGGUGGUGGAAAAGGGAACUCGAGAUGGCAACAACUGUUCUGCUUUCAACAAGGAGAAGUUAUACUUUGAGAGCUGCCCGAAUUUACACAGAUGGAUCUGCAAGAAAAAUGCAUUCAUGCUGGUUCCCUGGAACACCCCAGAACAUUAGACACCGUCCCUUGUAGAAUGAUGCAUUUUCUUGUACUUUGUGAUAUUUUAAUGUAAAUAAUCAUAAGAGCAUUGCACAGAAACCAUAGCAUUCCGCAAUCCUGUGUCGAUUGACCACUGGGUGCAUUAGGGAUAGGUUUGUAUUGUAACCCCCUGUAGCUCCUGGAGGCCAAGGCUAGAGGAUGUUUAGCUAAACAGAUUAUAAUAAUUGAUGCACGAUAAAUCAGCUAAUAGCACUUUCGAUCCAGGGCUGGGCCUUUACCCUUCAGCUCGAGCAACCUCAUCCCAUUCUAUUCACCUGUUCAGAUUCCAAAUGCUUUUCGUUUUAGGCCAAUCCAUUUUUCUUAAGAUUUAGUGCCAAAUGACAUCUACAUAAACAUGGAAAUGCCUGUGACUAUCUGCUCUGUAUUAAGAAAUGACUCAUAAACACCUCUUUUCUUGCUUACUUUCAACUUUUGUAUUAUUAAGAUUUUCAAGUAGAAACUCUUAUGCAAUGGAAGGUUCUUUCCUGCUCCUUGGUGCAGCUGCAUUAGCAGGAACCAUUUUGGUUCCUCUGACCAGCCGUGCCCAAAGAUGACUUAUGUGUACAUUGUGAGUAAAUGUCAAUAUUAAUUAACUGGACAGGAAAAAUACUCUUCUAACACCUGGGGAACUAAAGCACUUUGGCCCA